AUGCAAAGCAUAAUUCCGCAGUGGUCAGUGGAGCAUUCUGCGCCUGUGCAGACCCAACUCCUUCCUGGCGUCGCCAUUUUUCUCCCUCGCCCCAGGAGGACCCUGGAAGUUCCUGGUUUCUGCGAUGCUUCAGAGGGCGGGGCCAGGACUCGGAUCGGGCUAGCUGCCGAGGCGGAGCCCCAGGCCCGGCUCCUGCAGGGACCAGUGACAUUCAAGGACAUUACUGUGGAAUUCACCCAGGAGGAGUGGCAAUUGCUGAGCCCUGCUCAGAAGACUCUGUACAGGGAUGUGAUGCUGGAGAACUAUCGUCACCUAAUCUCAGUGGGCUAUCGUGUGAAUAAGCCAAAUGCGGUCUUCAAGUUGAAGCAAGGUAAAGAGCCAUGGAUGUUAGAGGUAGAAUUUCCACAUCAAGGAUACCCUGGUGAGAAUGGAAAACUCACAAAAAAUCCGAAAACUGACGCUAGAGAGAAAACCUCAGAAAGUACUGAAUGUGAAAAGUCAUGUCAGAAAUCUUCCCUCAGACUACAUCAGGAUUCUCAGUCCAAGGAACAACCAAAUGGAUGUGGGAAAUCUGUCUCUAGGAAUGGAGAUGUCACAACACAUCAGAAAACUCACACCCGAGAGAAAACCUAUGAAUGUAAAGAAUGUGAUAAAACUUUCUAUCACCUGUCAUCCCUGAGUAGGCAUCUGAGAAUUCAUGUAGGGGAUAAACCCUAUGAAUGCAAUCAGUGUGAAAAAGCCUUCUACCAGAAGCCACACCUUACAGAACAUCAGAAAACACACACAGGGGAGAAGCCUUACGAAUGUAAGGAAUGUGGGAAGUUCUUCUAUGUGAAGGCAUACCUCAUGGUACACCAGAAAACACACACAGGAGAGAAGCCCUAUGAAUGUAAGGAAUGCAGGAAAGCCUUUUCCCAGAAGUCACACCUCACAGUUCAUCAGAGAACACAUACAGGGGAGAAACCCUAUAAAUGCACAGAAUGUGGGAAAUCCUUCUCUAGAAACACACACCUUAAAACCCAUCAGAGAAGUCACACUGGAGAGAAACCAUAUGAAUGUAAAGAAUGUAAAAAAUCCUUCUACCAAAAGUCAGCCCUCACGGUACAUCAGCGAACUCACACAGGAGAACGACCCUUUGAAUGUAAUAAAUGUGGGAAAAAUUUUUACUAUAAGUCCGAUCUCACUAAACAUCAGAGAAAACACACAGGGGAAAAGCCUUAUGAAUGUCAUGAAUGUGGUAAAUCUUUCUCUGUGAAUUCAGUCCUCAGAUUACAUCAAAGAACUCACACAGGAGAGAAACCCUAUGAAUGUAGUGAAUGUAAGAAAUGCUUCUCUCAGAAGUCACACUUUACCAUACAUAAGAGAAAACACACAGGAGAGAAACCCUAUGAAUGUGAACAGUGUGGGAAAACCUUUAUCCAGAGGUCAAAGCUCACAGUACAUCAGAAGACACAUAUAGAGAAAAAGUAG